AUGACUUUAAUGGAAUUUGUGCAACAUUAUGAAGAACAAUGUGAGAAGAUGCGGUUAGCUGAAGCUAAUGAAGAUUAUCGUAGUAAGCAUGGCAUAAUACAAAUGAAAGCGAAGGAUUCCAAAAUGCUGAAACAAGCAACUUGUGUUUACACAAAUAAUAUUUAUUACUUAUUUGAAGAUGAGGUGCUUUCUAGUUUGGCAGUGAAAUUGGAGUUGUUAUCAAAUCUUUCUACAAUCUUCAUUUAUCGUGCUUUUGUGGGAGGUGAUAAGCAUUACAUUAUAAAUUUUGAUUCAUCUAAUUUUAAUGUAGUGUGUUCUUGUAAGUUGUUUGAGUCUACUGGGUGGUUGUGUCGGCAUGCACUGAAGGUUUUCAAUUUAUGGAAUAUUCAUGAUAUACCAUCUCAAUAUAUUCUAGAAAGAUGGACAAAGUAUGUGAAAUCUAAACAGCCUCCAUUUGAAGUUGGUGGGUCGUCUAGAAAUAAGAAAUCAUCUUUGACUCUAGAAAGAAGCAUCUUACUUCAGAAAUCUUAUCGCGCUAUCAAUCACUUGGUUAUGACCGCUGAGGGAAAAAGUUUGGCCAAGAAACAUGUGCAAUUAAUGUGGGAGGAUGCACAAAAACUUAUGGAAACCUUCAAUCCAAAUAAAGAAAAUGACAAUACUUCUAGUGAUCUCACGAAGAUUGGUGGACAUUUAGAGGAAAUGAUUGUGCUGGAUCCUUCACAUGUGAAAGCAAAAGGAGUAACGAAUGCUCGAAUAAAAAGCUAUUUGGAGAAAAGGAAACGUAGGCAAAAAAAAGGGCAACCAUUACACAACACUUAUAAUGUGCCCAGUGCUCCAGUGCUUUCUCUCCCACCUGUUCAUGCUCCAACUCUUCAUUCAUUUGGGCAACAACUACAUACAAACAUUUUCAAUCCUGGUGUUAUUCAUACGUCACUCCAAUGCGAGCAACAAGUCAGACCGCAAUCCGCUAUGAAAGAACCAGAAAAUGAACACAUUGACCUUUCGAAUCAGCUUUUUCAAUCAUUACUGGACUCGAUACAACACACAGAACUUCAGAGGCAAGUGACCCUCCUCGGCGGCAAGCUUAAGACGCAGAACGACGUCGAUUCGGUCUCGGUGAAGCUGGACCGGCAGAUCAGAGACUUCGGCGUUUUGAUCAAGAGCGGGGUGCUACACGACGACGCCGUUCUGAGGUCGUCGAAGAGGGAGUCCGAUCGAGUCGAGGCUCGGAACUUGAUAACUCGGUUGCAGAUUGGGAGUCGUUCUGAGGUCGUCGUCGACGUUGAAGAAGGAGUCCGUACGAGUCGAGGCUCGGAAGUUGAUAACUCGAUUGCAGAUUGGGAGCACCGAGUCGAAGAACUCGGCGUUGGACUCACUGCUGGGGUUGAUUCAGGAGGACGACAAGAAUGUGUUGAUUGCGAUGGCGCAGGGGAUCAUCCCGGUGGUCGUCGAGCUCGACGCCGGAGGUCAAAGAGAAUACGUCACGGCCGUCGCUAG